AUUGAGGUACUUUGGGAUUUAUUUAAAUUAUUCUUCUGAGCAAAAAAGAAAUUUGCAGAAGAAAAGUGCUAUAUGAGAACAACGGGCGGUGGUCCCCCUAUGGAUGUGAAAUGGACAGAAACCGAAAACAGCAUAAAAGAAAUUUUAGGCAGUAGGAUGGAAAGUUUUCCAUCAGAAUUUGAUUAUGAUUGUAGCACUAUAUUUAUAGACGAUGCAACCCAGAAUAACACAGGGAAUGAACCAGCUACGUAUUUUAAUGGUGAUGAUUCACAAAUUUCAAUGAGUCUUGAAAAUCCUAUAAUAACUGUAGUGGAUCACGACUAUGUAAUAGACACUUCUGGAGCUGAAAAUGGAAAUAUGUCUCAUUCUCGUUCAUCUGGAGUCGAGUCUAAAAUAGAUGAAUCUGAAUGUGGUGUGGCUGAGCAAAACUGGGGAAAAUACACACCCACAAUGUUGCGAUCGAAGGCACACCUAAUUUUAGAGAUACUUCAAAACAUAAAGGUACUGAAGAUAUCACUAAAAAAAUUAGUCAAUGGACAGAUGCAAAAUGUGCCAUUGAAAGUUCUAAAGACAAGCAAAAUGAAGCAGAACAUGCAUUAAAGUUAGAACAAAUGCAAGAAAAACACAAUUUCGAAAUCGCUUUAUUAAAGGAAGAGUCCAGGAAAAAAAUGGAAAUGUUAGAAGCUGAACAUAAAAUUCACUUGGAAAUUUCACUCUUACAAAAAGCAAAACUGCAAAAUAAUUAAUUAUAUUUGAAUGUUUCAUUUGUUAGUUUUCUAAAUAAAUUAUUAUCGUGUAA